GUCAUUUCAAUUUCCGGAUAUCUGGCAACACUGCGUUCAAAUUGUAAACAAGAAACAGCUGAUACGCUUAUUUCAUUUUAGUUGGCACACAUUUUUUAUAUAAUGUCCGCAAAAACUGAAAAGGCUGAGACAAAAGAUGCAAACACUACAAUAAAAUUAGAAGAUACAUGGGCGAUCCGACCGUGUCACCUGUAUAAAGAUGAGCACGACGACUGCACCAGUUUCAAGGCACGUUUCCAUCAAUAUUUCAUACACGGCCGGGACACAGAUUGUUCACAAUGGCUGACGGACUUUAAAAAUUGCGAGCGCUAUGCGCAAUCGAAUGGCAACGAUGUUGUCGCCGGCGCUGCUGUCAUCAAGAGCGAGGAGCAACGACGAUUGACACGAUUGCGGGCGCAUUACGCCAAUGAUACGUGGACAAAACGUAAACAGCCGCCAGAGGAUUGGGCCAAGCCGUUACCCGACUGGCUGCAGAAGCGCAAUGAGAACACAUACUUGGAGCUUAAGCAAAAGGAGCUGUUGGGCGAGACAACAGCAUCAACAGAGGAACAGCGUUCAUUCUGUGCUAUUAUGUAGCGUUAGCCAAUAAAGAUAUCAACAUACGAA